AUGGAUCAUAUAAGUAUAGUUCAAGGGUGGAAAUUAAAUUAUGGAUUGUUCUAUACCGAUAAAGAUUUCAAAUUAAGUAGGAAACCCGUUCAUAGUGACGAUGGAAAGCUAGACAUCAAAGAGUAUACAGGAGAACCAUUAGUUUAUGUGGUCACUAAUAAUGAAACUAGCGGUGCAAAGGAAUUUAAAUCUUGGAGAUUAUUAAGAGAUACUUAUUUUGAUCUUUUCGCUACGGUUGAAGAAGAAGAGGCAGAUUUUACUCUUUCAGAAUCGGAUGCAUGUAUUCUAUUUCCAAUAGCUGAGAUCACCUAUGAUGGGACAAUGGAUAUUGCCUUUAAAAAUGUACUGAGCAAUUGUAAUCACUCAUUUGACCCAUCCUUAUGUCAAAUGUAUGGACAUUUUAUUGUUCGAAAAUUACUUGUCGGCGGUAAGAUUUACAUUCGAAAUUUUGCUGAUUUGACAAAAUCACAAGUAGAAAGACUGAAGGCACAUAUAGUAUGGGCUUUAGAAACGUCGCGGUCAUCAAAAGAAAAUUUGUUUAGAGAUGUUGAGACGCAUAACUUUCCAUUAAUUGAAACAGAUAAGAAAAUCCUACGGACACCUCAAAAAUUAAUGCAAUGGUUUGAGGGUUUAUAUCAAGAGAGUUUAGUGGAAGUUAUAUCCUAUGAGGAAGUGAGACCGAUCACUAGUCUCGUUAAAAAGGAUCUCAAAAAUGAUGAUUUUGUUACGAGGCUAGUGCCUGGCUUACCAUCGCUGUUCACGGAAUUUAAAUUAAAAGAUUGGGUUGGCGAUACGCCUGCAAUCAACUUGCUCACAUGGAUAGAACAGUUUCAGAUAUGUCGUGGCAUGCAGAUCAAUUCACUUAAUACUUCAUUUAGCAAAGAACGUGUCGUCAACUUUACACGAAACAUUAAGGUUUCUUCAAAGAAGAAAGAAUUGAAUGCACGAAUUAUAAGCUUCGUCACCAAUAUAGAUGAGUAUCUGUUCUCCAAUUGUAUCAAUUAUUCUACAGUGGAUCUAAACGAGAUACCAUUUAUUAAACAAGAUAAUAUCUUUAACAAGAUGAGUAGAAGCCCAAUUCUUAACGCUGAUGAAUUAAACAAGAUUUGUUGCAUAUUUGAAUACGAAGCUGUAGAAAUUAGCAUUCAGCCAGAAUCCUUUGAAGCAGUCGUUGAAUUUGAAAAGGCAGUGGAUGAUGCAUUGGAAAACAUACGACCAUACCAAGCUCUUCAAAGCGUAUUUGAAAGGUUUGGACAUAUUUUCCCACAAAGGAUUGUGUUAGGUAGAAGAGUCUUUCAGAAUUUUAACUACAAUCUUCCGAGCGAAAAUAUUUUAUCAAAGAAUGUGGAAAUGGAAUCUCAGAAAGAUGUUGAAAGUUUCCUUUCACAAUUCCCUGGUAGUUUAGAAUAUUUUAAAUCAUCCGAUCAACAAAAGAUAGAAAUCAUUAUCUGCUGGGAUAAAAUCAUUCCAUUAUACAAGAUUUUGGAUCAUGAACGUCAAAGAAAGAUAGAUAUUAUAUUGAAAAAUCGUUUCAACGAAAGAAUUUUGAUGACCGGAUUGACCCCAGAAAUCUUUCGCAAAGAAAGUAACUGCGAGCAACACUUUCGAGUUAAUUUUGAUGAGUUUUUGGAGGAUGACAAUUUUGAAAUAUACGGUUCGAUAGUAGAUGAAAAUUAUACCAUGUUGGAAGACUUUGUGGUGAAGUUUAGGCUAUUUGAUUAUUAUGGUUUUUCUGCAUUUAUCACUGCAGGAAAAAAUGAUAUUAAAUUUCGAAUUUUAUGGAUGGUUGUGGGAAAACCUUCUGAACUAUUUGUAUUCAGUAAAAAUCAUCGUGAAAGAAACGCAGUGUUCCAGAAGAUGAAGGUAAAGCUACCUUCUAAAAAGAAUCCAGUAUAUUCAGUCUAUUUCAAAUUUCCCACUCCUUUGGUAGAAGGAUGCACAACGUCAUCUUAUUUUAAGUAUCCAUCUACAAACCACGAACCCAAUUUUACGGUUAGGUUGAAAAAAUGGUAUUAUUACUUAAUUCAAUUCGAAAUAACAUAUAUCCAUCAAACGGAAGAUAAAUUUGUUGAUGAUGAAAUACAGUAUGCACAAUUGAAUGCUUGUGUUGUAUUUCCUAAUAGUGGCGAAGAAAACUUUAUUGACGGCUCUAAAGAGUAUAUCGAAGUUAAAUAUUUUGGAGAUGUACUUGGUCGUGAUAACUAUGGAAAAGAACUUUCUUUCGUUUAUCACAAUAGUUUAAUCCUCAAGGGGUGUGCGGACUCCGGGUUUUGUGUCAAAAAGGAAAAAAUUAUCUGGCUUGGCGCAAAUAGCGCGUGGAUGCUGGCAAAAUCAGACAAUGAUUUAUUGGCCAUUAAAAUAAUUUUUAAAACCAAUUUAAUGGCAUCUAAUAACCCUGAUGCAAAAAUCCCCGUAGAAAUUCAAAUCCUAAGUGAAUUGCAGCACACAAAUAUAGUAUCAUACUUAAAAUUUAUUGAAACGCAAGAACUCAUCGUUAUUUUUACAAAAGUCGACGAUCAAAAUACCUCGAAUUCCGGACAACCUUCACCAUCAUCAAAUUGGCAAACACUAUCUGAUUAUAUUAAAACUAAUGGCAGAUUGAAAGAAGAUCAGGCAAAAAAUAUUUUAAGACAAAUUUCGGAAUGCAUUGUUUUUCUAAACACACAUGAAUAUUCAAAUAUAAUUGUAUCCGAUGAAGCCAUCUUGGUCAGUGAAAACCUAAGAAAAGUUAAAAUUUUAUUAUUGGAUGACGUGAUAAUAGGUUCUCAACUUCCAGAAGAUUUGAAAUUUAAUUUCAACAUAGAUGACAUUGAUGAUAUUGCAUAUUUUUCUCCAGAAAGAAUUAUUGGACAUAAAUACGAACUUCCGAAGUCGAAUGUUUGGACAUUAGGAAUACUACUUUACUUAAUGCUUCACGGAAAAAUUCCAUUUGAUAAUUACUAUCAGAUAAUUACCGCCUCUUUGGUUCUAAACGAUGAUAUAAGCUUUGAGUGUAAAGUUCUUCUUCAAAAAAUGCUUGCAAAAAAACCGCAGAAUAGAAGCACAAUACAAAGCGUGAUAAAUAAUUCUUGGAUAAAGGGGGAUUCAUAUCUUAAAAGAAAAUAUUCAACAAGUCGCGCUGUAUUUGAAGAAUCGAGUGGAAAUUCAGAUAUUGAUCUACUUUUGAGGAACAGCCAGCAGGAAUUUUCUGUUACAGGGAGGAUACCAAUUUGUUGGAAUCCAUUUGGGUCGUUUAGGAACAUUAACCUUAUGGCAAAAGGUGGAUUUAGUAAAAUAUAUUCAGCUAUAUUAGAAAACAAUCAAUUAACAAGCGAUAAAAGAUUUGUGGUUAAAAGUGAAAGUGAAUCUAAUGUAGUUAUGAAGUUCUUAAAUUCUUGCGAUGUGAAUGCUUUUCUCAGGGAGCUGAAAACACAUAUGAUUUUUAAUGGAUUCUGGGGAAUUGUUGAUUGCUACGGAAUAUCACAGACUCCCGAUUCUCAAUCCUUUAUACUUUCUUUACAUCACGCAAAAGAGAAUGACCUGGACCAUUUUCUGUCACAAAAUUUUCAUAGAUUAAAUUGGAAAGAUAAGCUAAACAUUUCACUGGACAUCAUAAUUGGAUUGCAUGGGAUUCACCUGAAUGGGCUAAUUCAUUCGGAUCUUCAUCCGGGAAAUAUUUUUUGUGAUUCGACAUUAACGUAUAUCGGAGAUUUUGGUCAAACUCACUCCGCUGACAGUGAAAUCAAUGAUGAAUUAUGUGGCGUAAUUAUGUUUAUGGCUCCUGAGUUACUACGAGAAAAAAAAUAUACCAUGGCAUCGGACAUAUAUUCGUUUGGGAUUAUACUAUGGCAGUUAGCUUCGGGUCAUAAACCUUAUCAAGAUAUGAAUGCCAGUGACAUCCCAUUGAGUGUCUUUAGCGGAUUACGACCAGAAAUUCCCAAAGAUACGCCUAAAUGUUACGCAGAUUUAAUUCGUCGAUGCUGGGAUACGAAUCCAGUAAAUCGCCCUACGACAGAAAUUAUAAUGCAUACUUUAUUCAAAUGGAAAGGGAAGGAUAAUCUUGAAUUUGAAAAUGCAGAUAACCGUUUUCGAUCUUCAGAAAUAGAAUUGUUGGAAUCUAGUGAAUGUGAUACUCGUCAUUUAUACACCAAUAUAUCGGAUAAAUUACUAAUUACAGCCCGACAUGAUCUAAAUACAAUAGAUAUUGUUCUAGGAAUAGGAAGAGUUGUUUCAGGAAAAAUUGAUAUUAAUCAAGGAUCAGGAGAUAUUUCAGGAAAAGUGGACAACAAUUUUUCUGAAAUUCUUCAAAAAGCAGAAAUCGGUGAUAAGAUGUCAAUGAAAUUGGUCGCAACCUACUAUGCUAACGGCCAAAACGUGACCAAAGAUAUGAACCGAGCUUAUCGCUGGUAUCGAAAAUGUUAUUAUGAAGGAGUUAAUAUUGAUUUUGAAAAUUGGACAUCACUAGUUGAGUGGUAUUCAAAUAAAUAUAAUGCUAAUGACAAGUGUCGUCUUGCGUGGUUGAUUGGAAAUGGAUUGGGUACUGAAAAAGAUCAUAUCAGAGCCUAUUCUCUUUAUGCGAGCGCGGCAGAAUCAGGGUAUGCACAUGCACAAUUCAUGGCUGGAUUGUGUUGCGAGAAAGGAAUCGGAAGGGCCAAAGAUUUAAGAAAGGCCUUUGAUUGGAUAAUGAAAGCCAGUAUUCAGGGAAAUGUAAUUGCCAAAAAGCACCUUUACGAUUCAUAUGAAUCUUCGAUUAACCUUCGCCAAGAACUGAACCUCACGAAUAAAUUUGCAAAAGUUUUGCUUUCAAGAAUACCAGUAGAGAUUUAUAAACCAACAGCUAAAGAGCUUGCAAGUGAAGUCGAGCUUUCAGAUAUGCAAAAACCAAUAUCAAUUACUGCAAAGUAG